GGAAGUUCCGGUGGCGGAUCGCCGACCGGGCGGAGCUGAUCGCUGCGCGGGCUGCGAGAUCUAGGUGGCCGGGCGCGGAGCCCAAGCCGUGCCGCGCGGCGCCAUGAAGGGCAAGGAGGAAAAGGAGGGCGGCGCGCGGCUGGGCACUGGUGGCGGCGGCAGCCCUGAUAAGAGCCCGAGUGCGCAGGAGCUCAAGGAGCAGGGGAACCGGCUCUUCGUGGGCCGCAAAUACCCGGAGGCGGCGGCCUGCUACGGCCGCGCCAUCACCCGGAACCCACUUGUGGCAGUGUACUACACCAACCGGGCCCUGUGCUAUCUGAAGAUGCAGCAGCCUGAACAGGCACUUGCUGACUGCCGGCGAGCCCUGGAGCUGGAUGGGCAGUCCGUGAAGGCGCACUUCUUCCUGGGGCAAUGCCAGCUGGAGAUGGAGAGUUAUGACGAGGCUAUUGCCAAUCUGCAGCGAGCCUAUAGUUUGGCCAAGGAGCAGCGACUCAACUUUGGGGAUGAUAUUCCUAGUGCCCUUCGCAUUGCUAAGAAGAAGCGCUGGAACAGUAUUGAGGAACGGCGCAUCCACCAGGAGAGUGAGCUGCAUUCGUAUCUCACCAGGCUCAUUGCUGCUGAGCGAGAGAGGGAACUGGAAGAGUGUCAGCGGAACCACGAGGGCGAUGAGGAUGAUGGCCACAUCCGGGCCCAGCAGGCCUGCAUUGAGGCCAAGCACGAUAAAUACAUGGCAGACAUGGAUGAGCUCUUCUCGCAGGUGGACGAGAAAAGAAAGAAGCGAGAUAUCCCUGACUACUUGUGUGGCAAGAUCAGCUUUGAGCUGAUGCGGGAACCCUGCAUUACACCCAGUGGUAUCACCUAUGACCGCAAGGACAUUGAGGAGCACCUGCAGCGUGUGGGCCACUUUGACCCCGUGACCCGGAGCCCUCUGACCCAGGAACAGCUCAUCCCCAACUUGGCCAUGAAGGAAGUCAUUGAUGCUUUCAUCUCUGAGAACGGCUGGGUAGAGGACUACUGAGGCCCCGUGCCCUGCCUGGCGCCCUGGCCCAGAAGGAUCUGGAGACGGAAGCUCCAGCCUCUGUAUAUAGUUUGUGUCCUGGGCCUGUCCCCAUCGGUCCUGCUGAUGGGUUCUGAACUGCUCCCCUUCUCAGCAUACCCCUUGCUGGGCCAUGAGCCUCCCUUGUCCCCUUUCUGGGCUGGAGAGCGGGUGAGGGUGGGCUGAGGUUGCUGCUGCUGCCACUGUCCUGUAAUAAAGUCUGUGAGCACUAUA